AUGACCCAGGCGAAAAAGGCCAAUGGUGGUAACCCUGUAACGGAUUCUGUUACCACCACCACUCCCCCUCUAAUCGCCGAAGCCGCUGCGUCCAUCUCGACGCUUUCUGUGCAACCUGACGCGGACGUGUCAACCUUAUCCAUGCAAGGUGGUGCUGACGUGGCUCCGAGAAACAACAGCAGCAGCAGCAGCAUGGCACGGGAACCGGAAACAGCAGCAGUGUGUGGCAAAAGCAGCAAUGGUCCUUUGUGCCUGGGUGCAGAGGUGCUAGGGUUUCGAGGCUCCCCUUCCAUUGGCGUGGAGUACAGCACUCAAGGGGCGCCCAAGCAGUCCCCCUACGACUGCAGCCACAUGGCCAUGACCUACACUGCCCUCGCCAUCCUCGCCACCCUAACGGAGCCUGCUCCCACUCAUGGCACUGCCACUGGCAGUGCCGCUGGCAAUGCCGCUGGCAGCUUACCCGACGUGCGCCAACAUCCUGCGGAGGAGUCAUCUAGAGGGGGUGCAGGGCUGCUCGGGGAGCAGGUGGAUGAGAGAAGCAGCGAGGGAGUGGGUGCAAGGGGUGAGGAUGGGAACGGGGUGCUUGACAGGUGGGAGGAUGGGGUGUGUGCAAGGGGCGGGGACGGAGUGGAUGCCACAGCAGCUUGUAAUAGAGUGGGGGAGGUGCGAGGAAUGGCAAAGUCGCUGCGAGAGCUGCAGCUGCAGGAUGGGAGUUUCAUGCCGGUUGCAUGUGGGAGUGAGUCCGACAUGCGCUUCGUGUUCUGCGCUGCGGCCAUUUCAAGCAUGAUUGGCGAUUGGCGGGGAGUGGACAUCCCCCGUGCUGUUGCCUACAUUCAGAGGUCACAGUCCUUCGAUGGCGGGUUUGGCCUUGGCCCAGGCUUCGAAGCUCAUGGAGGAGCCACCUACUGUGCCGUGGCCGCCCUGCAGCUCAUUGCGUCUUCAACAUCAGAGCUUUUGUCUUCAGCAGCGGCAACAGCAGCAGCUUCAGCGUCAUCGUUACUGUCAUCAUCAGGAGCAGCAGCAGCAGCAGCAGCAGCAGCAGUUUCAUCGCCAGGAGCAAAAACAGCAGCGUCAUCAUCACUACCAACAGCAUCACCAGUAACGUCAUCAGGAGCAUCAUUAGCAGCUUCAGCAGCAGCAGCGCCAUUGGCAGUGGCAGCAGAGCUAUCACAUUUUCCGCUGCCACUGUCGCCGCUGCUGCAAUUGCUGUCAACACCCGUAGCUGGCUCACGCAGUGAGUCAAAUGCAGCAGCAGGUGCACAAGAGGAGGCAGAAGCUGCAGGCGUGCAAGCAGCAGCAGAAGAGGAGACAAGCAGCUCCCUUUUCUCGUCCCCCUACGUGCUCCCAUUGAUCGACUGGUGCCUUCAGAGGCAGGGAGCGGAGGGGGGUUUCCAGGGGCGGCGCAACAAGCCAGCCGACACAUGCUAUGCAUUCUGGUGGGCUCUCCCCCUUCCUGCUGCUGCUUUUCUUUUACAUCCCUGGGUGGGCGGCACACUGAGCAUGCGGGAGCGGAUCCAUCUCAUUGACCAUGCGCGGGGCACACUUGUUAAUCUCUGUUCAUACUGCCAUUCCCCACCCACUUACGUGCCCUCCCUCCCUUCCUAUCCCUCUCUCUCAGAUCCCUGGAUCCCUGGGGUGGGCGGCACACUGAGCAUGCUGGGGGCAGAUCACCUCGUUGACCGUGCGCGGGGCACACUUGUUACUCUCUGUUCAUACUGCCGUUUCCCCACCCACUUUCGUGCCCUCCCUCCCUUCCUGUCCCUCUCACUUUCUCCCAGGGUGGGCGGCACACUGAGCAUGCUGGGAGCAGAUCACAGCCAUGCUCAGGGCACACUUGUUUCUCUUUGCUCAUACCGCCAUUCACCGCCCACUCCCAUCCCCUCUCCCUCACUUUCUCCCAGGGUGGGCGGCAUACUGAGCAUGCUGGGAGCAGAUCACAGCCAUGCUCGGGGCGCUCUUGUUACUCUUUGCUCAUGCCCCCAUUUACCGCCCACUCCCAUGCCCUCCCUCUCUCUCACGCACACAGGGGUGGGCGGCACACUGAGCAUGCUGGCAGCGGACUUUUCACGCCCAGCUCAUGCUGCCGUUCACCACCCACUCCCAUGCCCUCCCUCCCUCUCACACACCCAGGGUAUGGUGGGUGCAGCAGCAAGCAUCCAGUGGGAUUCCCUGACAUCCUCCAUUCCUUCUACGGGGUCUGUGGGUUCUGCUCCUCUUGAUCCUCCCCUCCCUCACCCCUCCCUCUCUCCCACCACAGAGGCACCCCACCAAUCCCCUUGUUUCCCUUGCCCCCCUAUCCCUCUGUCCAUGCGUAUCCAAUGUGCCACUAUCGAAGCUUGCUGUUUGCCACCCGCUCAACAGCGACCGAAUCGCCGAUUCCGGCAUGGACGCGACCCGCCCGCGGCUCCGCAAACUGCUGAUCCCCGCAAAAUUCCCCUUCUCCGCAUUUGCUCCCCCAAACCUCCCGUUCGCCCCGCUCGCGCCACCACAACUCCCCUUUCCCGCGCCAUUGCUGCCCCGCGCGUUGCUGCUAUUGCCGCCGCUGCUGCCCCGCUGCCCUGUGCGCGGAGUCCGCGCGCUCUCGAGCGAGCACUUCCUAGGCGCCGCAACUGGCGGCGAGCCUUCAUGCCACUCCCCCUCGCCGUUCCGCUGACACUCCGCCGCAAAGGAGACGCUCCUCAACUCCGCAGUGUUGAGCGCGCGCGCGCUCCCCGUUGCCGCGCGCGCACCCUCUGUUCCUACGAGCGCGCACUCCGUAGCCGCGCGCAUCCGCGCACCCGCCACCGUUGCCCUCCCCCAUGGCGUCCCUCCCCGUUCUAA